GUGACCACGCCUUCCUGACUUGGUUGCGGCUCUCCUCGUGGAAAUCGAGCAUAUUUCGUCCUGUAUUCGGCAUCUGUUUUUUGCAAAAAGACAUCUCAAAAUGACCGACGCAAAGCCCUCGCUUGCUCGUGAUGGAACAAUGCAAGUGACUGCAAAGGAGGGUAUUGAUUACCUUGAGUCAGCUGGACACGACAAACUGCUCAAGCUUCAGGGACUGAAACCAGAAGAAGACGCAGCAUCCGGCUCCAACAAAUCUGGGCUUCCCCGAGAUAGCACUAUGGCAGUUACAGCAAAGGAGGGUGAGCAGUUUCUGGAGGCAGCUGGAGGAACCGUUGAUGCAGAUGCUCUAACUCGAAGCCAGCAGAAGAAAAUUGAAGAGAUCCAGAGUGAAACAUCUGAAGAGCCAUCACCAAAGAAACCUAAAAUGUCAAAGGAAGGAACAAUGGCUGUCACAGCUAAGGAGGGUAAAGAUUUGCUAAACAAUGAAAAACUUGGUGAUACAAGACAAGAGACCAAAGCACGGAAAGGGCGAUCAACACCCAAGAGAGAAGGAACAAUGGCGAAGACGAUGCAAGAAGCAAAAUCGUUGUUAGGUGAUGAUGACCUCAGUGGGGGUCGAAGGACAAGGUCACGUGCACGAGGGGCCGCUCCACCAGCAAAACCACCAGUGAAACGAGCAGGUACGAUGCAGAAGACCGCGAAGGAUGGAAAGGAAUUUCUAAACAGGUCAAGAAAGAGCAAGAAGGAGGAGGAGGAAGAAGAAGAAGACAAGGAAAGCAAAGAUGAGGAGGAGGAAGAAGAGGAGGAGGAAGAGAAGAAUGAGUGAGAAGUAAAGUUCAUUUCGCAAGACAUCAAUCCCAGUUUUCAUUUUCAUCAGACUGAAGAGAGCGAAAGAGAGAGAGAGAGACAUGUGAAUCAUUUUAUUAACAGAGCAGCCAAUUUAGAUGUUAACCUGAAUAGAUGAAGAAUGUUUGUCUUUGUUUAAGCAUAUUUUGAUCAUUCAAAAGUGCAAAUUCUUAUUUAUCGCAAUGAUAAAUAAUGAGAUUUCUUAACAAUUGAUAGAUGUUUUGGACAGGUCUUGGAAUGGAUCAUUUUACAUAAACCAACCAACAAAUGAUUCAUUUCUGAAACAAAGUUAUUGAUCAAAUGUACCUAUAAUCAUUUACAUUUUAGUUCCAUUGGUUCAACAGGUGAAGUGCCAUUUUCAUACAUUAUCAGAAUGUAUAUUUAACUCAUUGAUGUCUGUUCUGUUUGUAAAAUGAAUAAUUCUCGUACAUUGGUUUAACGGCAGCAAUUGAUAAUAGAUGAAUAUAAUAAUGGUAUCUGUUAACGGCUUGUAGAUAAUGUUAUUAUCACUAAUAAAUCACUACACAGAAACUGUUUAUUUCAAUUUUGACAUGUCAAUCAAAUGCUGUGUAUAUGUCAUCAGUCCCUGCUAUGUAGAUAUGCAUCAUUCAUAUUGGCAGUGAGUGAACGUGGUGGCUGAAAGGCGAUGGCAUGUCGAUUUCAAUAGACACCUGUUUGAAAUGAACUCCAGCACCACUGUUACCAUGGUUACCAUUUGUUAUCAUUGACUUUUUAUUAGAGCAUCAAUGCAUAAGAAAUGUUCAUGUGUUCCAAAAUCUGCAUUUGUUUCGCAAGUAAUACUUCUCAACAUUAUCAACAUAUCCUUGAUGGCAUUAUAGUACACGCAUAUAUACACAGGUCUUUCCUUUUGAGAAACAAACCAUCUUCAUGCUUUGGGAACAUUUGAAUUAACACAAAGGCAGUUCAUUCAAAUCAAUAUUUAUGGAUCGAUGAGUUAAUCGAUCCAUCAUCAAAAUGCAUAAUCACACUCUGUAACUGGUUUUGCAAACUGUGUUCAAUGUUUGGCCUUUCACAGCCUCAGCCAUCUUGUAUUCAUCCAAAUUCAUGGCCAUUUUACAAGCUAACAUUACCUGCAAUUUUAAAACUCUCAAACCUUGAAACGAUUUGUGUUGUCACAAUCUUUGUAUAUGGAUUGUUACAUAGGAGUGUUAGUCUUUUAUGUAGAUGAAUUUGUUAAUGAUAUAGACUAGGCAAGACUGUAUGAGCGCAAAUGUGUCAUGCGUUGAUAGAUUUUGUCGAACGUUUGUGAUGUUCAUUUUUUAGAGACGCUGACUUACCAUGGAUAUCUUUUGCUUACUAUGGGCGUUUUUAGUGGUAUUUAUGUAAUUUUACCUAUGCUGAUCAGACAACCCCUUCAAGUUGAGAUAUUUUACUCUUAAUAAGAUACCUCUCUGUGUGAAGAGUAACGAUCACCUCAGCGCUAAGAUCGCUUUGUACAACGGCACCCUGAGGACAACUCCAUGAGGCCUCUUUUGGUAAGAACGACUUCGGGGCUGGUACGAGCGAGUGAAACGUUCAGACCACCAUAUCUGAUUUCUGUACUGAGAAAAUGAAGUAAAAGGACAAGUUCCAGAUGUAGUUGUGUAAGAGAGCAUCUUUUUAUUGUUAUGGAUAUCUUAUUCUUCCUGUUGCCUUGGCACCAUGGCUUCAACACCAAAAGGUACUGUCGAAGGAAUAUUUGGUGUUCUGUGGGUUCUCUUUUGUUCAAAUGAAAAAUUUCAAAUCAAGGUGGUAAGAAAUGAAUCUUUAGAAACAGAUGAUGUCGAAAUGGUAGUUUACUCAAUGUUUACGUGACGUGACCUCCAAUCAUCACACAUAGAGAAUAGUAUCAGAGUAAAAAUCUGAAUUUUAUGUAGUACAAAAGCCCAAUAGAAUAAUAUGGUUCCCUUUUUAUGAAUACCAGGGGAGACCAAGGGGGGACUUGAGCUUGAUAUACUUCUUGAUAUAUUCUUGCGUGCAGCUGCAGUGAGUUUUACUACCAAAGACUUGUAUACGAGUGAUAAUAUUAACUAGAAAUCAUUGUUACAUUGUAAUACAAAAUUACAAUAUUGUGACCGCAAGGAUACACUUUUCCUUCAGGUGAGAUAAAUUUUAUUUAAAUUGUUGAUUUUUUUUUCUAAUUUAUUUCAGCUCUAUUGAGCACGAUAUUUCUGUAGCUUGCUGAAUUUGGUUUAGUUUGUUGUGAAAAUGAACGUCUAACAAUCUUUAUCACAAUUAAUUGUUUAGGUAUAUACAAAUGUUCUAUCUAUUGAGCAAAUUUGUCCUUAUCAAAGCUGCAAAAUGAUAUUUGUGUCUUGUCUUACUGUAGUAAAUGUUACUUUCAUAUUUUAGAUUUUGCAUUUACACAUUUUACUAAAGUGUUAUCUAUAUAUAUGCUAAAACUUUCCUUUACUUCAAUGUGAUUCUUUUAUCAUAAGUCCAUGACUGCCAAUAUGAUCCAACUAGGACAACACUUCAUAAGGGAACUGUGUCAUUUGUGUCAUAAUGUUUCAAUGACAACUGUCAGCCAUGAGGAAGUGUUCUACUUUUGUAUCAAGAUGUGUAUGUUUUGUGACUGAGAGCUUUGGAAAUAAACAUUUCUUAUGUCAGUA